AUGCCGCCAGCACGCCGCAGCAAUGCUGCUGCCAUCCUGCCGUCUGCCUCGCGCAAGCUCUCGCUUGAUGCCGCACCACUCGAUGCGCCGGCGAAGCGCGUGACGAAGGCGCAGUUGCCACAGGAGAGCGACGACGAGGACAGCGACGAGGCGCCCGAGGCGCAGAGCAACGAGGCGGUGCGCGAGAGCGUGGCGAAGCGGGUGGAUGAGGAGCGCAGCGCCAUCAAGAGCCAAAAGGCAGCUCGCGCUCGGGCUGCACAGGCGCGCGAGGCCGCCGCAGUGUCCAAGUCGAAGAAGCAAGCCAAGGCGUUCGCCGCCGAGGGUGCGCUAGACGAUGCCGCUGCUUCGUCCUCUGCUCCGUCGAGCUCGGCUAGCCGGCUCGACCCCGCGCUCUUUGCCUCCGUCUUCGCCGCAGAGAAGCCGCUCGGCGGCGCGUCGAGCAGCGCACCAACCGCAAAGGAGCUCGAGGAGCGGCGUCGUGCGGCGCGAGAGGCCCGGAGAGAGGAGCGCGAGCAGCUCAAACGCGCAGGCGGCGUGGUGCGCGGCCGCGACGGCGAGCCGAUGAAGCGCCUGAAGGACGGCCGGACCGUCGUGCGUGCGCUCGUGCCGCUCGAGUCCGAGGCGGCGUCCGACGGAGAGGAGCGUCUCGCUGCGCCGACAUCAGGCCCGACCGCGCGGCCGGACGCCAAGGCACGCGCCUUCCUUAAGCGCAGGCUCGGCAUGGCGGCCAAGGCCGAGGCGCCGGCGCAGAAGAAGAAGCCCAAGAAGACGACCGACGACCCGCUGGGCCUCGAGGACCCGGCCUUCAUGCCCGGCGGCGAGUUCUACAAGGGCAAGAGCCUGACGGGCAAGCGGGCGCGCGGCGGCGGCGCAAAGGCGAAGCCCAAGGUGCCCGGUGCGCGCACCAGUGCCUCGCGUUCGCUCGGCGGCCCGCGUGGUGGACCUGCGCUCGCCUUCGCUGCUCCGCUCUAG